CUUUCACUCAAUUUCUCAAAGAAAAACAAUGGGUAAUCUUUCUCUUUCGAUUUUAGUUUUGAUCGCCAUUUUUGGUUCUUGUUGGUCUCACGAGGUGGUUAGUGACAAUGAUGAUGGUGGUCUGUAUCCGUUCAUUGGGACUAACAGGGAAACGUUAGAGAUCAUUAUCGGCGGCGGCGGCGGUGAAGCUCCUGCUCCGUCGCCUGAAGAUUGUCCUCCUCCGCCACCUGAACCUGAAUGUCCACCUCCAGCAUCUCCACCACCACCACCACCACCACCACCACCACCACCACCACCACCACCACCACCACCACCACCAACACCAAAACCACCGCCAAGACCACCGUCGAAAUGUGGUUACCGGAGCAGCAACCUCUGCUUCGAAAACGAACUGCUCGCAACAUCUUAUGGAGUAAUCCAAAAGUUCAAGAAGCUAAUCAAACCAGACGAAAAUGGCAAAAGAUACACAAAAACAUGGAACGGUCCCAACGUUUGCAAAUACAAAGGCUUCAAUUGUGAUGUGCGACCGGACGUGAAAAAAAAAGCAGUCGCCGCCGUCGAUUUCAACGGCGCUAAGCUCUCCGGCAUCAAUGGUUCCCUUCCACUCCACGAUUUCAUCGACGGAUUAACAGAUUUAGCCAUUUUCCAUGCCAAUUCCAACAACUUCACCGGCACCGUUCCGUUCAUCGGAACGUCCAAAAUCAAAUACCUCUACGAACUUGAUCUCAGUAACAACAAGAUCACCGACGAUUUCCCGAUGGAAGUCCUCCGUGCCACACAAUUAACUUUCCUCGAUAUAAGGUUCAACCGAAUCAAAGGCGUCGUUCCGGCGACAGUUUUCAAAUUAGACCUCGACGUUCUCUUCAUCAACAACAACAAUUUCAGGCAACGUCUACCGGAAAAUUUAGGCGAUACACCGGCGUUAUACAUAACAUUUGCAAACAACAAGUUCACCGGUCGGAUCCCGCCAAGUAUUGGCAAAGCUAAAAACCUCCUCGAAGUACUAUUCCUCAACAACGAACUCACUGGUUGUUUACCGUACGAGAUCGGCUACUUACAAAACGCCACCGUUUUUGACGUCGGAAUGAAUAAACUAACCGGGCCGAUACCACAUUCGUUCGGUUGUUUGAAAAAGAUGGAGCAACUCAAUUUAGCCGGCAAUGAAUUUUACGGCGAAGUACCGGAAAUCGUUUGCCGGUUAUCGAAUCUUCAAAACUUGUCUUUGUCGAGUAAUUAUUUCACCCAAGUCGGACCGGCAUGCCGGGAUUUGGUAAUGAAGAAGAAGCUCAACGUUAAGAACAACUGUAUCUUGGAUUUGCCGGAGCAACGAUCAAAAGCCGAUUGUGCUAUGUUUUUCUCGAGAAAACUGAUUUGUGAUAGAACAGAAUCUUUCAAAUGGAUUCCUUGUAUGGCAGGGAAAAAUGGGUUUCAUUCAAAUUCCACUGAAGAAUCUGAGAAAAAAGAAUCUACUGGUUCUAGUUCUUCUUCGCCGUCAGCUACUACUUAUGGUGUUCUUAAACCUCAUCGGUUAUGAACAAAACGAAAAUAUAAUAAGGUUAAAUAUGUUAUAAGUCCCUGUACUCUUUCCUAAUUUAAAAUUUAGUCAUUUUACUUUUAUUUUCAGAAA